GACCUCGUUAAGUCUCCGGUCUUUCUAGUGAAAUAUUAGCUGGUUACAAAAGAAGCUGGUGGGUGGAUUUAGGAAUAACAUUUGAUAAAAUCAUUCGAGAGAAGCGUUUGUAGUAAAGACUGUAAGAAAAGACCAUGGAUAAGACGGUUAGUCUCCCCAGCCAGCCUGGCAAAACCACCACAGUGACUCUGGUUGAGAGCAGCAGCGCCCCCAGCGGACUGGAACUGGUCAGUUCCUAUCAGACCAAUAGAGUGGGGGAUCCCAUGGACCUGGUGGCCCUGGCAUCACAAGUACAGAAGGGAGAUGAUUUCAUCAAAGCCAACGCUUGCAACAAACUGACAGUCAUUGCUGACCAGAUCAGAUACCUACAGGAGCAGGCAAGAAAGGUUUUAGAGGAGGCUAAAAGAGAUGCUGACCUCCAUCACGCUGCCUGUAACAUAGUGAAGAAACCAGGCAACAUGUACUACCUCUACCAGAGGCCAUCUGGACAGAAAUACUUCUCCAUUAUCUCUCCUAAGGAAUGGGGCCCAAGUUGCCCUCACCCAUUUGUCGGUGCAUUCAAACUCCAACAUGACAUGUCUUGGACCCCUGUAGACGAGGUGGAGAAGAGGGACGCAGAGAUUGCCAUCAUGGACAAACUUCUCAGCCAGCAGACAGCCUUACCACCUUACACAGAACCCAACUUCAGGGGCCUCUCUGAUUAAAGGACUGCUGAAACUGGAAUGAAUAAAGGACUGGGAUUUUUAUAAAGGAUACAAGUUAGAGACUAUCUAUAGCCUUAGUGGACAUUAAAUUGAACUGAGAAAAAUCCAUACAUGGAUUGGAGUCACUGAUACCAAAGUGUCACUGUGUUUCAGUGACUUUGGUAUACUGCCGUAAGUUUAUGACCCAUUACUAGAGGUUUUGUUUGUAUAAGUGGCAGUGUGAAGGGUACUUUUCUAAAAUUAAAGUAUCAAGUUGGGUUACUCUAGCAAGCCUGUGCAAGGGCAUUUUUAUCAAGUAAAAGUUAAAAUACCAGUUCAGUAGCCAUUUUCAGAACUCUUUCACGUCAGAUUCAGUUGGUUAUCUUACCAACAUAUAUCACAAAGAUGAGAGUUAAAGCUGCACGGUGGACUUUUUACUGUAAGUAAAGUUGUUUACGUUCAGUGCUUCUCACCAAAAUGAACUGCAUGUAACCUUUAGGACAACAUUAAUUAAAUGUGAAUGUGUACUACUGCUGUUGAGCCAUAUAUCAGGAAGAUCCUGCAACUCAAAUUAAAUUAUUUUAUUUGUAGAUGUCAUGGUUACAAAUAAGAUGUCAAUCGUUCGCAGGUCAAGAAAAUUAAAGUGCAAUAACUUUA